AUGGCCAAGGUCGACGUGGUGGAUGGGGAGUCCGCUUCGUUCCCCGCGCCGCUAAACCAAGGGCCCGUGGAAGCGCGCUCUCUCUCCUCCAUUACUUCUAUCGCCUCUAAUCCUCCAAACUACCCCCGGAACCCUGCGCAAAAGAAGCUAGACCCGCUAGUGCUUUAUAUUGUGAGAGUUCCUGGAAGUAAAGAUGUCUUUCUCAGCCCUCUCAAACCUCCGACCAAGUCUAGUGUCUCCGCGGAGGCAAUCAACGCUUCCCUAUAUUAUCUCCACGUUGCAUCGCCGGAUGAUGAUAUCCUACUCCAGGAAUACGAGCAGGAGCGUGAGGAACGCGCAAGGCUACGCAAGGAAGGGCUGAUUGAUGAUGAUCCGGAUCUACCUACACCGCCACCUGAAAUCGCACGCUUGAACAAUGUCCGGCGCAAACCUGUCUCGGGAGUUCCGGAUACUGCUGGCCUCGAUGCUACUCCCCAAGUACGCCGUCGCCCACUUCCCGCAGAGCCCUCUGAUCAACAAUCGGAGAAUACGCCGUCGUCUCCUGCACUACCUCCGCGCCCGCCGACCUUCCAUUCCCUCACGUCCAAUCCAGCGGAAGCGAUGGCGCGUUUGACCGAAGCUGAGGGGCCCCGUCCACCCAUGCCCCCAAGGCCACUACCCGGUGUUCCGCAGCACGAUACCUUCGACGACCGAGCAUCGCCAAGGAGGAACAAUCGUUGGAGUGCGCUGCCUGGAUAUAUCUCUAAUCAGGUGCAGCGUGGGAGGGAGAGACUUGAAGGGACUUCUCCAGUUCGACACAGCUUUGAUGCUCCUCGACCGCAGAUGCGACCUUCCUCGUCGCAUGGCCUACCGCCACAGUUUCCACCCACAACGCAUGCCCCAAGAAGUCCAGGACAAUCUCCUCAUAGACGCUCGCGAGAUAUCCCCCCUCCCCCGCGCCAGCCAGGCUUCCAUAUUACACUAAUUCGCCGCGACCCAACUCAUGGAAUCCAGUGGAACGUCGCAACAAUGUCGACGCCUCAACUAGAUGGAAAUGGCAUUGAUAUUGAUGUGUCAACACCGGGGUAUAACCGGUUUGCGGGAAAGAAUGAGCCAGUCUCCAUAGACUCCCUUGGCUUGAAUUUACCUCCUGAAGCUCGCGCUUUGCUUUCCAAACAUCCAAACAUCGCAUCACUUUCCGACACAACCACAGAAACGCACGACUCCGUUCCAAGUGACCCGCCCCAACCACGACGUUUCCACCGCAAGCUGGUCGUAUCGAGACCUCACAAUGCGGAAGAGUCACGCGGCUCUCUGGAUCUUUCUGGCGGACGCCCAUCAAUGGAUAGCAUCUCCGGCAGCUCUAUUAACACGCAUCAAUCAGUAUCGUCUAAACUCAAGAGCGGAUAUUAUACAUUCAACUCGCCAUGGAACGGCACUUGCACGUUCUCGACUAGCGUCAACGGCCGAAGUCUAAAAUGCAAGCAUAUGAUUCCGUCGCCCGGAUUCCCUAACCCUACUCAAGAGAACCCAGCCGUGACUGUUGCGGAGAUUCGUUUCAAUACUCCUUUCCAAUCCGGCCAUCUUCAGCCACAUGGACAUUCACACGCCUCACCCUUCACUCUCAGUCAAACUACGAUGCUCAAAGACCCUUCAGCAACUCCAGACCCCUCAGCGCCGUACUAUUUCGAUCCUUUCGCACCACCCCCCUCUAAACGCGCUGCCGUCGCCAACCUGAUCAACCAAAAGUUAAACCGUAGACCAUCAAAUAGCAGCUCCAGUGAUGGGGGGGGCAACGAAGCGCCUCCGCCCCUACCACCCCGUCAAGCUCCAAGCUCAGAUCGCAUAGAUCUUUCACUUGCACGUGAAAAAGCCGGAGGUGGCAUACGCGGUAACAGCGCCAAACUCGGCAAGCUCAUUAUCGAGGACGAGGGUAUUAAGAUGCUCGAUCUGGUCGUUGCCGCUUGUAUGGCUGUGUGGUGGCGGGGCUAUUAUUAUUAG